GAGCAAGGCAGCCCCUGAUAAGCCUGCAGCCAUCCAGCUGGGGUGUCGGAGGCAAAGCCCUGCGCUCCCUCCUCAACCACGUGACUCACCCCCCUUAUUAUACUGCUCUACUCUCUGCCUCUGUGUAUCCUUGUAUUUCAAUACACGUACUUACCACUCUCCGUUUAUUUUUGUAUCUACAUAAACCCACAUAUAUUGAAUCCAACGCCCGCCCAUCUCUCUCUCUCUCUCUCCCUCUCCAUCCCUCUCUCCCACGCAUCAUUACUUAUAGUUUGCAUCAAUCUCACUGUCUCUCUCUCUCUCUCUCUCUCUCUCUCUCUCUCUCUCUCUCUCGGUAUUCAAUCUUCAUCCGUAUUUUUCGGACGAGUAGCCACACCCGAUUCACCUCAAUUUUCAACUCUUUCGGAUCUACUUCUGGACCUUGAUAAUGUGUUUGGAGAUUAGAACAAGAACUUGAACUGAUGAAUGCAGUAUACAUUUAGACCAGUUCAAUAGCAUAGGUACCUGCCUCCGUCCCUAUGGAAUUACGGAAUUUAGUUAUAGGUUAAUUCCUUAAAACUGGAAAUGGAUUAUAUGUGUAGUAGGUAGGAGGAAGAAAAUGUUAACAUCGAAAAGCACGUGGAAAUGGAAGACUCAAGAGAUGAAGCAGGGCCCUCAGAGCAGAGUCAUUCUAGUACUAAUUGCUGGCCUGCAGAUUUCAUUGAAAAAUUUGGCUCAGCUUCUUUGAACUCUAGAAACAAUAGUUCGAGUGACAAACAAUUAAUAAGUGAGAAUGUAUAUGACAAUUAUUCAUCUCAGACAGCAUCACAAAUUCUCUGGAGUACUGGAAUGCUUUCAGGACCUAUUCCAGAUGGUUUCUACUCUGUCAUUCAUGAGAAGAAGCUUAAAGAUCUUUUUGACUAUGUUCCUCCUUUGGAUGAGCUCUCAGCUUUAGAGCAUGAGGGCUUAUGGUGUGAUAUCAUUUUUGUAGAUUCAGAGAAAGAUAAGAAGCUAUCUAAGCUAAAGCAAUUGAUUGUGACAUUGGUUAAAGGUUUAAGCUCAAAUUCUCCGGCGAUGAUAAAAAAGAUUGCAGGACUGGUGUCUGAUGUACAUAAACGACCAACAGGAAAAGCUGCAUGCGAGGAGAUAUCUCACGCGUGCUCCAGUCGAGGGGUUCAGAUGCUAGGACAAAUAAAGAAUGGUUCAUGCCGAUCUCGAGCAAUCUUAUUCAAAGUUCUUGCAGAUGCUGUGGGUCUUGAAAGUAGGUUGAUUGUGGGCUUUCCUAACCAAGGAGCACCUGAGUGUGUGGACUCGUAUAAGCACAUGUCUGUAAUAGUUGUCCAGAAUUCCGUAGAAUUUCUGGUAGAUCUUAUGCGUUUUCCUGGCCAAUUGAUACCUCAAUCUACCAAGGCAAUGUUUAUGACUCAUGUAUCUGCAACUGGGGAAAGUGAUUCUGCUGAAAAUGAUUCAUGUGAUUCACCACUUGAACCAAAUAGUCCUCUAUAUGGGGUUUCAGACAUACUUGAUCCAGACAGUGCUGAUAAAGAUAACAGACAACAAUACCAACGCAGACUAGAAGCAUCUUUAAAUGUUCCAGGGCCUUCUUUACGGAGUAUGAUGUUGCGAUCCACCUCUAUUGACAGAAACUUGAGUUUAUCGCAGAGUGAACCUAAUAUUGCAACCACAUUUUGGCGAAGAAGCCGUAAAAAGGUCAUUGCUGAAACGAGGACCGCGAGUUCAAGUCCGGAGCAUCCUUCAUUCCGGGCACGUGGCCGCUCCAUGCUUAGUGGUGACCCAAAAUCAUUCAGAGAGUAUUCUGACGACAUUGCUACAUCUAGCUACAGGUCAGAAGGAACUUCAACACCAGGAACCCGUAGACUAAGAAGAAGAAGCAUUAGUAUUACUCCAGAGAUCGGUGAUGACAUCGUAAGGGCUGUAAGAGCAAUGAAUGAAACACUGAAACAGGACCGCCUUUUGCGUCAGCAAGGGAAUGUCUCAAGUCCUCAUUCGUCAGCUGGCAAAAAUAGUGGCGACGAUCUUCAAAAAAGUGUAACUGAUUUUCACCCUGAUGGUAGAGAUGAACUAUCCGCCAAAAAUUCGUCUGUGCAUGCUUUUCCUAAGGAAUAUUUCAGUUCGCAGAAGGCAAUGUCAUUACCUUCAUCUCCUCAUGAAUAUAGUAGCCAGGCUUCUGCCAGAAGGGAAAAUGAUGAAAUGGUUUCUACGUGGAACAAAAUUCUGGAAUCACAUAUGUUCCAAAAUAAGCUUCUGUUACCUUUUUCUGAAUGGAAUAUUGACUUCUCAGAAAUAACUGUUGGAUCACGAGUUGGGAUUGGUUUUUUUGGAGAGGUCUUUCGUGGCACCUGGAAUGGAACAGAUGUUGCAAUUAAAGUGUUUCUAGAGCAAGAUCUUACUGCUGAAAACAUGGAAGAUUUUUGUAAUGAAGUAACAAUUCUGGGCCGACUUCGACAUCCAAACGUUAUAUUGUUUCUUGGAGCAUGCAUGAAGCCUCCACACUUAUCUAUGGUUACGGAAUACAUGGAGAUGGGAUCGUUGUAUUACUUGAUCCAUUUGAGUGGUCAGAAGAAGAUACUUAGCUGGAGGAGAAGGCUUAAAAUGUUGCGUGAUAUAUGCAGAGGGCUGAUGUGCAUACAUCGGAUGAACAUUGUCCAUCGUGAUAUAAAGAGUGCAAAUUGCCUGGUGAAUAAGCAUUUGACAGUUAAGAUCUGUGAUUUUGGGCUUUCACAAAUGAUGGUAGAUGGACCCAUCAAUGACUCCUCUUCAGCAGGCACUCCAGAGUGGAUGGCCCCAGAACUUUUCCGAAAUGAACCCUUCAAUGAGAAGUGUGAUAUUUUUAGCCUGGGGGUGAUAAUGUGGGAGUUGUCCACACUAAGCAGGCCCUGGCAUGGGACACCACCAGAGAGAGUUGUUUAUACUGUUGGACAUGAGGGCUCACGACUAGAAAUACCCAAAGGUCCACUUAGCGGGAUAAUUGCAGAUUGUUGGGCGGAACCACAUAAAAGACCGAGCUGUGGGGAUAUUUACAAGCGUUUGCUUACUUGUGAGUGCCCGGACAGCUAAAUGCUAGUCAGAAUGUUUGUUGUAUUGAAAACUAGUAGAGGUGUCGUUAUACUGGUUUGUCAGCUGCUUGAAAUGGCGGAAUCAAUGACCCCUUGUGCAAUCUAAAAGUAAAAUCCAGCUGUCGGAUUGUUUACUUGUGCACUUUUUGUAUUUAACAAAGAUUUGAAUGCUUCUAUUUUGGACGAAUCCGUUUUUUUUUUAUGAAUGUGACUGAGAGUUGAACAUAAGUUUUCCGCAACAAGCAUCUUGUUAUUUUAUUUUA